AAAAAAAGUCCUCCUGCUCUCCUUCUCUCUGCUUUGGCCAGUCAAGGUAUCAUCAACCCUCAGCUUCUCUGUCAACCACAAACAGUAAGUUGUCUGUUUGACCAUAUCCAUCUUGUGAAUGCUUGCUAACUUGUAUCUGUUAGAAGCAAGCAAGCAAGCACAAACAAACCUACCUGCUCUUCUAUCCUUUGAAUAUAAAAAAACAAGUGAAGAGAAAAUGUCCUGCGAACAGUGGUCGGUCUUGUACUCCUGUGGCUGCGAGGUCACUUUGAGACGAGAUAGCCCCGAUUGCGAUGGAACCUGCGGCGACGACGACACCCUCGUCUUCCUCCCUGAUGAAAACUCCUUGGACGUCUGCGGAGACUGUAGUUGCCGCCCGGCGUACAUGUCGCCCCCUAAAAGCAGCUCUGAGGAGGAAGAUGACGACGAGGAGCAGGAGGAGGCUGAAGCUGGAGACGAGGACAAGGACGAGAACGAAGAUGGCGAAGACGAGGACGACGAUGAGGACGAGGAGUAGCUGUGCAGUAAUUGCCCCGUACGCCGCCAUGUUGGAAUUGAGGCGCAUGGAAUUGGAUCCUUCGACUCGGGUUCACUAAGCAAGGGUAUCCGCGACUCCCCCGAUGGCUGCCAGACAGGAUAAUAAUACGGAGUAGCUGAAUAUCAGAUGUCAUCGCUGCCCCUGAGUAGCAGCCGUACAGCACAUACUCCGUAAUCUUAACACUCCGUAAAUCUAACAACAUCCCCAUCUCCAUCUCCAUCUUAUAUCUUCUUCCAUCUUCCUAAUACAGUGGAAUGACCC